GUAAGUGCGUCCACUUAUAUCAGUGCAUUCAUAACAGCCUAACCAUUGCUAAACUUCUGUUCGACCAAAUAAGCCUCAUGUAGCAAAUUAACAAUUACAUUUUAAGGUUGACCAAAUUCGACACUCAUUGACCGCCAUAAAAAAAAAAACAUAAUUUUGUGGUGGUUUUAUUUUCGUGGACAGAUUUUGGGCGGAAGUAAACCCUCUCGCUUCACCUCUUCCUCGCUGUUCGGACAUCCAGCGAUUAUUCAAAGUUUAGUAACAUUUGGAAUUGUUUUACUAUUAAGGGGUAGUUAUCGAACAUUUAAUUCGGGAAAAGAGAGCAGCGUUGUGAUGGCGAAGAGGAUCGCUGACAAAGAGCUGACCGACAGGAACUGGGAUCAGGAGGAUGAAGGAGAGGAGCAGGCAGGGACGUUUUCCAUCGCUAGUGAUGAUGUCAUGAAGAGCAGGCCCAUCAAGAAGGCCAAGCGUCGGGCUGCUGGUUCAGAGGGGCAGAGUGGAGGAUCGUUCAAAGGGUUUAAAGGGUUCUCCUGGCCCCUCCGUCGGAACCCGGGCCAGCCACGGGGAAUCACGGCCUUCUCCGGGUUCGGGAAUGGGGCAGGGUUCAAACUGUCCAAUGGGAACAGUGUUACACCCGUCACUCCAGCCUUCACCGGGUUCGCCUCGCCUGCUGCCACCAAGACCACCACACCUGGUUCAUUAACAUUCAGCGGCCCCCCCUCCAGCGGUGACAUCACAGAGCAGCAGCCUAACGGUUCCUCCCCCGUGGUUUCCAGUCUGUCUCUGAGCUCCGGCUCCUGUACCUCCUCUGACAACCAGGAGUACAGGAAGCAGCUCACAGCGCUCAACUGCUCGGUCAGGGACUGGAUCACCAAGCACGUCAACAGAAACCCUCUCUGCGACCUCAACCCCAUCUUCAGGGACUAUGAGAAGCACCUGGCCAGCAUCGACAAGAAGUACGGAGGGGCUGGAGGGAGUGGCGCUGGGACUGGGGGCUCGGCGAGCGGUAGCAAGGCAGCAGCACCGGAGGAGAAGCAGCCAGCCGGUACCACACCCCCCUCCUCCUCUAGUACCGCCGGCUCGGCAGCCACAGCUCCACUCUUCUCCUUCAGCAAGGACAAGGACGGCACCACUCCAGCCUCGGAGAAAAGCUCCAGCGCCGCUCCUGCUCCGCUCCCCGCUGGCAUCAGCUUUAACUUGGGCCAGAAGGCUCUGAGCUCUGGAGGAUCUCCUAACGUCUCCUUCUCCUCCUCCUCCUCUUCCUCCUCCCUGUUUGGAGGCACCUCUCUUCCUAGCUUCUCCUUCAGUGGGGCCAAGGCUGAGGCUGUCCCCACCCAGACAACAGAGGAGAAUGGAGAGGAGUCUGAUGAACCACCCAAGGUUGAAGUCCAAGAGAUCAAGGAGUCUGAUGCCUUCUACUCUAAGAAGUGUAAACUGUUCUAUAAAAAAGAGACUGAGUUCAAGGAGAAGGGAGUUGGAACGCUGCAUCUGAAAACAACCCCAGAGGGAAAGACUCAGCUGAUAGUCCGCGCUGACACUAACCUGGGUAACAUCCUGUUGAACAUCAUGGUCCAGGCCUCCAUACCGUGUUCCAGGAUGGGGAAGAACAACGUUAUGGUGGUAUGUGUUCCUAACCCUGUGGUGGACCACAGCAACCCUACCAACCCUGUCGCCAUGCUCAUCAGGGUGAAGACAGCAGAGGACGCUGAUGAACUGCACAACAUACUGGAGGAGAAGAAAGUUUAGGGGACUCGCCCCUGGGGGGGUGUGAUACAGGCUCAAACUCCACUCAAACCUUCUCCCUAUCAACUAACCACAGGUCCAAACCUAUAUCCCAGUCCUAUUCUCCUAGCCCCUCCAUCCCAGUCCUAUACCCCAGUCCUAUACCCCAGUCCUAUACCCCUAUACCCCAGUCCUAUACCCCUAU